GGGAAGACAUCACUAAUUAUGUCUCUUGUCAGUGAAGAAUUUCCAGAAGAGGUUCCACCACGAGCUGAAGAAAUCACCAUUCCAGCUGAUGUCACCCCUGAAAGAGUGCCAACCCACAUAGUGGAUUAUUCAGAAGCAGAGCAAAGUGAUGAGCAGCUUUACCAUGAAAUAUCACAGGCAAAUGUGAUUUGUAUAGUAUAUGCUGUUAACAACAAGAAUUCUAUUGAUAAGGUAACAAGUCGAUGGAUUCCUCUCAUCAAUGAAAGGACAGACAAAGAUAGCAGGCUGCCUCUUAUAUUAGUUGGAAACAAGUCUGAUCUAGUGGAAUAUAGCAGUAUGGAAACUAUCCUUCCCAUUAUGAAUCAAUAUACAGAGAUAGAAACAUGUGUAGAGUGUUCAGCCAAAAACUUGAAGAAUAUAUCUGAGCUAUUUUAUUAUGCACAGAAAGCUGUUCUACAUCCUACAGGUCCUCUUUAUUGCCCAGAGGAGAAAGAGAUGAAACCUGCCUGUAUUAAAGCACUCACUCGCAUUUUUAGAAUUUCUGAUCAGGAUAAUGAUGGUACUCUCAAUGAUGCAGAGCUCAACUUCUUUCAGAGAAUUUGUUUUAAUACACCACUGGCACCUCAAGCUUUGGAAGACGUAAAGAAUGUAGUCAGGAAAAACCUAAGUGACGGAGUCGCAGAUAAUGGAUUGACGUUAAAAGGUUUUCUUUUUCUGCACACACUUUUCAUUCAGCGAGGCAGGCAUGAAACAACUUGGACUGUUUUACGUCGCUUUGGAUAUGAUGAUGACUUAGAGCUUAUACCAGAGUACUUGUUUCCUCCGCUAAAAAUUCCUCCAGACUGCACAACAGAAUUAAAUCAUCAUGCAUACUUGUUUCUUCAAAGUAUUUUUGAUAAACAUGAUUUGGAUAGAGAUUGUGCUUUGUCUCCCGAUGAACUGAAAGAUUUGUUCAAAGUCUUCCCUUAUAUGCCAUGGGGACCUGAUGUUAACAACACUGUUUGUACAAAUGAAAGGGGGUGGAUUACAUACCAAGGGUUUCUCUCUCAGUGGACACUAACCACAUACUUAGAUGUACAGCGUUGCCUGGAGUACCUGGGUUAUUUAGGCUACUCGAUACUUGCAGAACAAGAAUCUCAAGCAUCAGCAAUUACAGUAACAAGAGAUAAAAAGAUAGACCUCCAGAAAAAACAGACUCAGAGAAAUGUUUUCCGAUGCAAUGUUGUUGGAAUGAAAGGCUGUGGGAAAAGUGGAGUUCUUCAGGCUCUUCUUGGAAGAAAUCUAAUAAGACAGAGGCAAAUACGUGCAGAACACAAAUCUUACUAUGCCAUUAAUACAGUCUAUGUAUAUGGACAGGAAAAGUACUUGCUGCUACAUGAUGUUAGUGACUCUGAAUUUUUAACUGAUGCUGAGACCAUAUGUGAUGCUGUCUGCCUGGUAUAUGAUGUCAGUAACCCUAAGUCCUUUGAGUACUGUGCCAGGAUUUUUAAGCAGCACUUCAUGGAUAGCAGAAUACCAUGCUUAGUGGUAGCAGCAAAGUCUGAUUUGCAUGAAGUUAGACAGGAAUAUAGUAUUUCUCCUGCUCAAUUCUGCAAAAAACACAAAAUGCCUCCACCUCAAGCCUUUACUUGUAACACGGUUGAUGUUCCGAGUAAGGAUAUCUUUGUUAAACUGACAACUAUGGCAAUGUAUCCCCAUGCCCGGUUACGCUGUAUGUGCGCCUGCAACAGGUGUACAUUUUGCAUCUGUCAGAACUUCCUCAACUCAGACUUGCUGCAAUCUGUAAAGAACAAACUCUUCACUGCAGUUCUUAACAGGCAUGUGACACAAGCGGACCUCAAGAGCUCUACCUUUUGGCUCCGAGCAAGUUUUGGUGCUACUGUCUUUGCAGUUUUGGGUUUUGCUAUGUACAAAGCAUUAUUAAAGCAACGGUGAUUUGAGAAGAAGCACAUCUGGCCCUACCAAAAAAAAAACAAAACAAAAAACAAAACCUUUUAUGUACAUUCUGAAUGCUUUAAAUUCUGCUAGAAAUAUUUAUAUAUGCAGAGUUACUUUAUUAAUAUUUGUAAUUCAUGCAUAAGAUUAUUUUAAAUUAUAGCUCUAACUACAGUAUUGCAUAAUGCGUGGAAAAAAGAAUUGCAUCUUAACAGCCAGCUAAAAUGGCUUAACUUGUGAGGCCAAAAGGGAAUUUGUUGUAAAUAACCUGUACAUAUUAAAGCAGUAAGACAUUGCUUCCGAAAAAGCUAUUCAAAAUAUUGUUCUUAGAUGUUUCACCAUGGUGACAUACUAGUGUAUAGUUGGAAUUCAUUUUCGGUUCAGUAGGUUCAACUCAAGGAUCAUACUUCCUCA